GCCCUGAGGUGCACUGCCUUAAACUGUAGCCACAUAGCCUACGGCUAUAUUCAACAUCAACGCUGUGAGAUGUUUUCAUAAUGCUAGGAGAAAACCAGAGCGAUUCAGAUGAGGAUUCUGAUGAUGAUGAUGAUGAUGUUGAUGAAGAUGAAGAAAGUGAGAAAGGAUCAAGGAAAGGACCGAAUGCUUCAUCUUUCAUCACUUUACUCAAUAGUUUAAUUUCAGGUUUUCUUCCAAACUGGGGCUGCCUCCGAAGCGGUUACAACAUGUUGAACAUCCCGACCCAGGCGUUCCCUGCGCCGGGUUCCCAGCAGCGGGUCGCUCCGUCCGGCCAGUCCGGCAGGAACAAGGUGGCCUUGAAGCCUGGCCACAGUCUCAUGGACUGGAUCCGGUUUUCUAAGAGUGGAAAGGAUCUGACCGGGCUCAGGGGGCGCCUGAUUGAAGUUACCAAGGAAGAGCUGCAGAAACACAACACCAGAGACGACUGCUGGACCUGCAUACGAGGUAUGGUUUACAAUGUGACACCCUACAUGGACUACCACCCUGGUGGAGAAGAGGAGCUGAUGAAGGCGGCUGGGAUGGAUGGCACCGACCUGUUUGACCAGGUCCAUCGCUGGGUAAACUAUGAGUCCAUGUUAAAAGAGUGCCUGGUUGGCAGGAUGGCCACUAUUACUAUUAAAGCUCCCAUGCCUCCUCCAGCAGUGACAGGCCUUGCCCCCCCUCAGAUGGUGGCUCCUCCCCCAGACAAAGACUCUCGGCCUCGGUACGACUGGUUCCAGACUGAUGUGACGGUUCAUCUGGUGAUUUACGCUAAAAGGAAGAUCCCCAGCUCAGGCUGUACCAUUGUUGACCUCAAGGGGGGUGUUCUGCGACUGGAGGUUCUGCUUGGGAAAAUGUCCUACAUGAUACAUCUAAGUCUGGCUGAUGAAGUUGAAGGAACCAUUGAUGUCAACACUGCCUUCUCAGUGGGAAAAAUCCAGCUCAGCAUACGCAAACAGGCCAAAGGAAAAUGGACAAGUCUCGGUAAACCGCUGGAAUCUCAUAACACAUUUCUACGCAAAAAAGACAGAGCUCUACACUAUCGGGACUGUGUGUUGGUGUCGAAGACGGAGGUGAACCAUAACACCCAUGUGUUCAGACUGCAACUUCCCCAUGGGACUGUCAUGCAUGUGCCUGUGGGAAAACAUGUCUACCUCAAAGCUCUUAUCAAAGACACAGAAGUGGUGAGGCCAUACACUCCAGUAGAUCAGAGCCUGGCAGCAGCUUCCCACAACUCCUCGCAGGACUCCGACCUCUACAUCAUGAUCAAAGUGUAUCCUGACGGAGUGUUCACCCCACAUCUCAGCAGCCUGCACAUCAGUGACUGUGUGUCCGUCAGUGGUCCAGAGGGGACCUUCAGUGUCCGCCCCCUUCGUGAUGUCACACACCUCUACCUAUUAGCAGCAGGCACAGGGUUCACACCAAUGGCUCGCCUCAUCCAGCAUGCCCUACAGGACAUGGACCUCAUGAGAAAAACCAAGCUGCUCUUUUUUAACCGGCGUGAGGAGGACAUCCUGUGGCGCUGUGAGCUGGAUGAACUGGCUGCUAACAGUGACAGGUUUCAGGUGGAGUACGUGCUCUCUGCCCCCUAUGACGGCUGGAGUGGCAGGAUGGGUCGGGUGGAGGAGUCCAUGCUGGAGGAUUUCCUCACCAGGCCAGAGGGCUCCAAAUGCUACGUGUGUGUGUGUGGCCCCACUGCUUUCACAGAGAUAUCAAUAGGCUUGUUGAAGCAGCAGGGCUUCAGUGAAGAGGAGCUGCAUGCCUUCCAGGGCUGAAGAGCCUCCACACACCCCCACCCUGCAGAGACUGUAUGUCUUUGAGUGAGAGAGCAUCAAAGAGCUGAUUUUAAUUUAUAAACUUGUAAAAACAUUUCUAUGCACCGAGGACCUGAGGACCUGAGGACCUGAGGAUGCUGACAGCAGGAAAUGCCUCCAGGCUCUGAUGGGCGUCAUGAAUAUCACAAACUCCAGUACAGUGACAUUCUUCUGAGUGUGGACACUUAACUCAGUGUUCAGGAAAACUAUGAGUUGAAACAUUGAAAAGAUGUGUAGAAUAAAAAUACAAAUAUGCUGAGGGAGAGGAAGGAAUGAAAGAGAUGUGUAUAUGCAAUAUGAACAUGAGUGAUGAAAUGUAUGGAUUUUAAUGUCUGUUACAUGGAUUCAGUUGCAGUGAAACCACUGCAGUGAAAUAAAAUGCAUUAAGUUGUUUGAAGGUUAGUCUCCCUUCAUUGAGACUGGGGCAUUUCACAAUAUUACUUCUGAUAGAUAUUUAAUUUUGAGUCAUCAAGUUCUUGAUGAGUUGAUUUUCCUUUAAGAGUAACUAAACAGGUUAAAACCGGCUGCCUUAUAUACAUUACAACUUGUUACUUUGCACUCAUGUUGUGUCACUAGUCAUGUAAAGAAUAAGAUUGUUCAUGUGACACGUGUAAAUUAGCAUAAAGCUAACUCUGGUACAGCUAAGUUGUGAGACUUUUACUUCAGCAAAACAUAUGAUCUCUUCUCCAACCUUGGUAAUCUCCAGAUCCACCAUAUUUUACCUAAAAAAACAUGAAAAAAGAAGACAGAAAUUGGAGACAACAGAGUGUUCCACAGAUGGAAGAUCUGGUUUGCAAUCUUUAUGCAUUCUCAGUGAAAGAAACAAUUCUGUGUGUGUUCAAGUGUGUAAAGGCUGUUUAAAGUGAAUAAAGGAUCUUGGCCGUCAUAUAAUUCAGUGGUUACAGCUGGCGGCCAUAUACUGGGGUUUGAUCCGCGCGUCAACCCCUCUGUCUCCCCAUUUCUGAACUGCACUAUAUUAAAGGCACUGGUUGCACAAAAGAAUCUUUAAAAAAAAAGAUGUUUAAAUAAAGGAUCUUAAGAAUGGAA